AAGGCCCGGACGCUUGGGCAGGGAGCGGAGAAGUGCCCGGUGUGUGCGGGUCUUGUGGAGCCGCUGCCCAGCGGGGGCCUGGGCCCUGGAUAUGCCGGUUCGCACUGAGGCCAGCAGCACGGCCUCCGGCUCUUCGUCCCUUAUCCCGCCGCCCCCUAUCAACACCCAGCAGCCCGGGGUGGCCACCACCCUACUAUACAGCGGCUCCAAGUUCCGGGGGCAUCAGAAGAGCAAGGGCAACUCUUACGAUGUGGAGGUGGUGCUGCAGCACGUGGACAUGGAGAACGCCUAUCUAUGUGGAUAUCUGAAGAUAAAAGGCCUUACAGAGGAAUACCCGACCCUCACCACCUUCUUCGAAGGAGAAAUAAUUAGCAAGAAGCACCCGUUUCUCACGAGGAAGUGGGACGCGGAUGAAGACGUCGACCGCAAACACUGGGGGAAGUUUCAGGCGUUCUAUCAGUACGCAAAAACCUUCAACUCGGACGACUUUGGUUUCGAUGAGCUGAAGGUCGGCGACUACGUCUUCAUGAGGUGGAAGGAGCAGUUCUUGGUCCCUGAUCACACAAUCAAAGACAUCAGCGGGGCUUCCUUCGCAGGCUUCUACUACAUCUGCUUCCAGAAAUCGGCAGCCUCCAUAGAAGGGUAUUACUACCACAGAAGCUCAGAAUGGUAUCAGUCUUUAAAUCUGACGCACGUCCCGGAGCACAGCGCCCCCAUCUAUGAAUUCCGGUGACAGGAGAUCCGAGCGAAUCCCAGGGUGACGGAACGGGGCUGUCCGCGGAGGGACAUGCUGCUUCCCCUACUGUCCACGGACUCUGAGAAGAAUGUAAAGCGCCGGCGCGGCGGUCGGGCGGCCGCCCUCUCCUACCAGCGGCCGGUUUAUUUUAAUCAUUUUUAUUUUUUGGACAUUUUUUGGGUUGUUUUAAAGCUACUUGCUCUGGAUGGAAUUGUUUUUUUUUCUCUUUACUCCCUUUUUUGGUUUUCUUUUUUAAUUUUCUUCUCAUGCUUGACUUUUUUUAAUGUGCCAUCGUCUUUUUCUGACCGCGAUGUCCUCGCCGAGGCGGGACU